AGCACAAACUCCUGAUCCGCCAACAAUGAGGAACUUUUCCUGCUGAGCGCCAGUGAAGUGACACGGGACCAGGAUGAUGCACGGGAUGGGGUGAGCUGGAAUAACAGCGAUGUCAAAGAUGUGAAGAGAGUCUCUAAUAAACGUUAUGUCCUUAUUAAACGAGAAGGAAAACAUGGCGAAUUCAAGUUCUCCACAUACUACGGAUCUGACCUCGCCUCAGGCUCACAGCGGGGAGAUCAUGGAGAACCCACUGCGGACCUAUCUCCUGGGAAUCAUCGUCUCCAUAUGUGGGAACGUCCUCAUCAGCAUUUCACUCAACAUACAGAAAUAUGCCCACGUCCGUCAGUCUCAGCGUGGCUCCAAGCCCUACUACACCUCCGUGCUGUGGUGGAGCGGUGUGGUUCUCAUGGGUGUCGGGGAGCUGGGAAACUUUGCUGCCUACGGCUUCGCCCCAGCAUCGCUCAUAGCCCCGCUGGGCUGCGUGUCUGUCAUAGCCAGCGCUGUCAUAUCUGUGUUUUUCCUCAAGGAGACGGUGCGCGCCUCUGACAUCGUUGGUGGCACCCUGGCAAUAACAGGAACAUAUGUCCUGGUGACCUUUGCCCCCCACACCACCACACACAUCACGGCCCAUCUGGUCCAGUACUACGUCAUGAGCUGGCACUUCCUGCUUUACCUCCUUAUAGAGCUCGUCGCCUUCUGUAUCCUGCUCUAUCUGUACAAGAUGAGGAAAAUGAAGCACAUCGUCGUCGUGAUGCUGCUGGUGGCCCUGCUAGCCUCUCUGACAGUCAUCUCAGUCAAAGCUGUGUCGGGGAUGAUCACGGAGUCAAUAAAAGGCCAGCUGCAGCUCAUCUACCCCAUCUUCUACGUCAUGUUUGCCGUCAUGGUCGCCUCCUGCGCCUUCCAGAUCAAAUUUCUCAAUCAGGCAAUGAAGAUGUUCGAUGCCACAGAGGUGGUUCCUAUCAACUUUGUGUUUUUCACCGCAAGUGCCAUUCUUGCAGGGAUAGUAUUUUACCAGGAAUUUGAAGGCUUGGCAUUGCUCAACAUUUUUAUGUUUCUUUUUGGUUGUCUUCUGUCUUUCCUCGGAGUUUUCCUGAUCGCACGAAACAGGCCAAAAAUAAAGCAACGAGAUCCCAAUUUUAUCGCAAUGGAUAAGAUUCCAAGGAGAAGUCACACAGACAAAGUGCAGCCCGAGGCAAAGAGUCUGACAUACGGAUCGCUGGCAGCCAAACUCAUGUGCAACAGAACUCUCCAAACAGACGAUUCAUAGGAGCAGCUCCAUCUGUCGCGACUGUAAUUUUGGAGGAUUUGUGUAUGUAUGUGUGUGUGUGUGCGCAUUUCUUCCUCCUGGGUACUUCAAUAAUAUCUUUAUUUAUAGAAAUAAGCGGCAGGCAUCAGUUCAAACAAGUGCCAGCUGAGCGGCAGUAUCGGUGGCCAUAUUGGUCUUAGAUUUUAUGUCAAAAAUGGCGAGCAUCUCUUUCAAUAUCCUAGAAAUGUCUUGAGUUAACAGUAUUUUCCAGCAGGGUUGUCAUGAGGAAAAUAAAUGACCAAAUGCGAUGAAACACCUCAGGAUCACAGUGCAACAUUAAAUGCCCUACUAGAAGUUUCAUUAAAAAAAAAGGUCCACUGUGACAAAUGUAUAAAGAUAUAUGUAAUAUAACAUAUGUAUUACGGUAAUCGAUUGAAUAAAUCGGUGUAUGUGUGAUCAGUUAAUAAAUAAAGGACAAAAUCUGAUGUUUCAA